AUGGAGCCUCAAGUGCAGAGAUUGCUGGACAAGGUCUGGAAGAAGUUCCAGGAAACACCUCAGGACAAACGCCUGUUAAUCGGCAUAGGCGGUAUCCCAGGCUCAGGCAAAACAACACUCGCCCACAUCAUCACAGACAAAAUCAACGCCCUCUCCCUCAAAAAUGAUCCCUCGUCUCCUCCACCAGCGGCCUUCGUCCCCAUGGACGGCUUCCACCUCACCCGCGCCGCCCUCUCCGCCAUGCCCGACCCAGUCACCGCCCACGCCCGUCGCGGCGCCCCAUUCACUUUCGACGCCCCCAAGUAUCUCGCCCUCGUGCAGUCUCUAAGAGAACCCAUUUCACCUGCCGUAACGAUAUUCGCGCCGUCGUUUGAUCACGCUGUGAAGGACCCCAAGGAGAACGACAUUGCAGUACUGCCGACUCAUCGAAUUGUCGUCUUGGAAGGGCUGUACCUGACGUUGGACAAGGUCGUAUGGCGAGAUGCAGGGGCAUUGUUCGAUGAGCUUUGGUUCGUCGAGGUGGACUUUGAGGUGGCGAGGAAGAGGCUGAGGGAGAGGCAUGUACGAGCGGGCAUUGUGAAGACUGUGGAAGAAGGCGAUAAGAGGGCUAUGGAGAACGAUUUGGUAAAUGGGAGGGAGAUUAUAGAUUGCAGGUUGCAAGUUCAUGAGUUGGUUCAGAGUAGAGAAGAUGGAAGUUGGGUCCAUGAAUAG